CUUCGAAUUGACUCUUCGAGGCCGGUGGCGUCGAUACAACUUAUAUAUACAGGCCUCGUGUUUGCUGCGGGCUCAUUCCCUUUCCCUAUAUCUACACCGUUGGAUUCAGGCUAUAGCUCAGGCUAGCUAUCUUUCGGAUGGGUGACCAGUAUCCACUCGAAGAGCUUCACUUCACCUUGAACCAUGUAUUCUUUCCACCGCAACUCCCGCAGAAGAGUGACGCUAGUGUAUCCAGAAAUUCUGCUUUGUGUAGGACUUUCGUCAACUUGGCAGAAGAGUACGAUCAACACCUCGAUCAGCCUUCUCACAAUGCAUGGGAUCAUAUCAUCACAAUGCUUCGUAACUAUCAAGACUCGCUGAAGAUGGAGGACUUUGUUGUAGAAGACCUGCAGGAAGUCUUCCAAUACUUGGCCAUUGGCGGCUUUCUCAUUCUUCACAUCAGAAAACAGAAUGCGGGUCUCUUUAUACGUCGACUAGCUAACGGAGAUGUAUCCAUCGCUUCUUUCGAAGUUUCUUUUCCAAACACUGAAGUGAUGCAGGCGGAGUCCCGCAUUGCAUGUACCUAUCCUGGACCUGCAAUUACGCUGCCUUCGUCGGUAUGGCUCAACACGUCCUUCAGCCAUGAACUUGGGAACUUUCUAUAUCAUAUGAACAGAGAUGAACUCUAUCAUGCUGAAGCCCAUACGAAAAAAGCAAAAUCUACGGUCGUUGAAAUACGCGACGUCCCGGAUCCGAAAUACAUAUCAGAGCUUCUCAUGGGCAUCUUCCACGGCAUUGGCUCUCCUACCCCCAUUGAGGAUGUCCAUUUUGUGAGGAAACGCAUUGCUGAUGAUGUUCUCUGGAAGAACGCCCUUCUUCCGUGGCGCAGAUCGCCUGUAUAUCUUGUCCUGCGAGUUGGUUUGCAGCUUGCACUUUCCUAUCUGUACGGUUCUCUGGAUGCGCAUCACCACCAGUAUAAAGCUUUCAUGGCCUUUGCUCACGCCCGUAUGCUACAUGACGCUGUGCAGGAUCACCCGGAACUAGAAACGGACCUGCUCUAUGCUAUGCGCACGAAGGUUGCAAGACGCGUUCAUAAACUGGAAAAAAGUUCAUCUGGUGUCUCCGCUGGUGACAGCGUUCCGUCGUAUGUUUUGACUGCUGCGCAGGAGGCAUCGAAUGCUGUGCAGCAGGUGCUGCAAGAUAGGUGGACGAAAGUCGAGAGACUACAGGACCAAUCGCCCGAAUGGGAUCCCGAUUCACUGGAUUUCGAGGCUGAUACUCACCUCCUCCUCACAAAUGCUCGUCCUCGUAUCCUUGAAGGUCUUCGACGCUCCAACUUUCCACCUCCGUCUUCACCGUUUGUACCACACCAUCCUCGUCGCCUUCGCUAUGAGACGGACUUUCGGUGCUUCACACCUGCAAAGCUCAACACAGUCUUCACCGAUGAUGCACGUGUUGCGCUCGCGGACUUUGAAUAUGUUAUUCAUACCCAUCUGGGGCUGUGGGCAAAGGCGAACCUCAUGAGCCAGGACGCAUCGAGGAUAAUUUUUGAGUGUAUGGAAGCCUACCUUUCGGGAGCGCGCAGGACAUACACUGACAACAAUCCGGAAGACCAGUCGCAUAUGCUCCUUGCUUUAUCUGCUAUGUGGGUUUCUCUAGAUAAGGUUGUUGUCGCGCAGCUGCCCCUCCUUGCUCAAUAUUCCCCCGAAAUCACCACGAACCUGCUUGAAUCUCUUCUUUUGCGACAGACAAAUGAGCUGAGUGCGCUGCGAGAUAUAGUGCAGUACAUUACUGAGCGACACACCAAGGCGCAAGUGACGGAUGGCAUCUUCACUGAUUCGGAUGGUGAUUCCACUUUCUACCAACAAUACUUCCAUUCAUCCUAUGUUCUUCAAUCUUUGAAAGAAAUGAUUGAAAAUGAUGCAUCGACAAAGCGGGAAGAAUGUCGUCGUCUUCUACAAGAGCGGAAUGAUACUUACCACACUCUGACGGCUAGAGCGGGGUCUUUGGCCCAUGUCCACCAGGAAAUCAAAAUAUAUAAGAGAAAACGUUGGAGGAUAUCUGAAGAUACGAGCAAGUGUCGAAAGUGUUCUUUAGAAGAACAAGCUAAAAAGAUACCUCCCAUCAAUGUUCAUGAGUGGCCUUUACCAUCCAAUUCCAAUGAUGCUAAGCGAGUUUGCUUUGAGCUUUCUUGCCCUGAGUCAUUCGAACGGUGGAGGGCAGCAACUUGGUUGCUUCUUUAUGAUGUCGGAACUGAGAAGCGCCGUAACAUGGCUCAACAGUACGGGAUGCUUCCGGGAAGCUAUCCGAUAUCACGACGCUCGCCGCCUGUUCAAUUUACCCUUGCCACAUCCACGAAGUCAUUCAAAAUAUCUCAUUAUAGUAGUCGGCCGAUACCAGCCAGAGAGAGCGAUGUCUUCGUCAAUUGCGGAAGUACGUGGAAAUUAUAUGAUAUCUGCACUGAAUGUUGGGCGGCAAACCAGCCUUUCCUAGAGGCUUCCUUCUUGAAGAUGUGCACGCCGUCCGCCACAGGGGCGUAUGCGUCGUUGAACUUUUCCCUGGAAGGAACUAGUCACACACCUAACAUGGUCAUUGCAGCUCAAGCAGACUGUCACCCUAACCUCAGCCUUCACGAAUUCGUUGCGUUCGGCUCUCUUCGGAGUGGUGGGAGACUGCAAUGGAUGAACAUAGCACGUGAACUUGUAGCUGGAGAUCUAUCUUUCCAUUGUGAAUCUGUUCAUGCCCUCCUAGUUCAAGCUGCCUUACAAGUUGGGAGUUGGGAAGUCUUAGAUGAUGGGCACUGGGUGCUGGAUUGGCACCAAGAGCUUGAGAAUGAGGUGUUCACUUCCAAGCUCUUUACUGCAUUAGAGAAUCUCAUGCUUGCAAUAUCAACAAAUUGGGAUGCUGUUGUGAGCCUAAGGGGGGUCAUCCUCCUCACUUGUCGUAUUCUGUCUGGUAACCAACCCCUGUAUGUCAAGGAUCAGGCAUACCGCCUACUUCGUCGUUCACGACAGAUCGCAAUGGAAUGGAUAGCACAACUGAAGCCCAAACUUUCUUCAGCCAAUGAGGAUCAUGGCACCAUCCUUUCCAUGCGGCUAUGUGAAAUCGCAGCUACCUGUAGAGCAACUUAUAGUGGCGAUCCAGCCCAUUCAACUAAACUUCUUCAAAACAACAAUGAUAUCUACACCUUCAUCUAUUGUGCUGCCAUUAUCCACGAGAAUUCACCAUCCAAGCGUGGUGGGCUUUCGAAAGAAUUUUGUCGUUUGUUAGAUCGAGAUGAGAGGCUGGCUGUCAGUGUAUAUGAUCAUCUUAACAAUCUUUCGACAAAGAGCUGUGCUGGGGUGGAUCAAGCAGUGUCAUUGUUGUGGCCAGCGUAUCGCCCAUAUGGGAGCUGGGAAAGGCUUGGCUUACCAAAUGAACGUUGGGUGGAAACCAGGACAGCACCUUCAUCUUUCCAUGGAAUCUCGCAGCGGGUGCAUCUUAAUUUACUCGAUGGGCAGCUUUUGAUUGAAGGAAAGCCGGUCGGACGUUUGCCGCGAAAGAUUACGGACCAUGCUUUGUAUACAAGGUGUCUACAGCAGAAAAUACUGGAAGUAAUACCAUCAGACAUGCCCGGGAUGGAAUACGCGACUCGUAAUCUAGUUUUUGGGUCUGAGAUACACUUUGCUUGUCAAAACACUGAUGACUUGGUCAUAAGGACUCGGCAAAAUAAUCAGAUAUCCGAACUUAUACCCCACAAUUAUUUUGAUCGAGAUCUUCCGAGACCGUUGGUGAAGGACUACGUUCACUGGCUUCGAAUAUCCCAAGAGAUCAUUGAACUGUGUCCUCUCCGUCAUCCAUGGUUUUCAUCAUCUUCAAACAACUACAUUGCAAAUGUCAUCGAUCUGCCGUGUAUGGUAAUGGGUGACCAACGUCUUAUUGACCCUCACAGCCGAACAGCGUGCAUGAUCAAUUUACAACUCGAACCUCUUGAAUAUGCAGAUGAAAUCAUCAUUGCAUACCCAUACUUGACCAGUGUUGUCACUAUCAAUCUCCCCCGCUUCCGUUCAGAAUUUCUCCUCAAGGACCGAUAUAUUCAGAGCAAAAACAUCCCGGGAUUUUGUGUCGACCAUCGUAGAUCCACAGGAACAUUCUUUGGACUCCGAAACCAACUUGUCCUCCAUCCCAUGGACAUGCAGUCGACUGAAAUGCGAAGAGUGCUCGUUCCAUAUGGGAUAGUCCAGGUCCAGAAAUCUCUUGACCAUGUAACUGUGGAGAUAAAUCACCAUGCAAAAAGUCCAGCCACUUAUUAUGAGUACCUGGUCAACACAGACCUAGGUCACCUUGAGUCCAGCACUAGUCUCACAGCCAGACUUUACAAGGUUUAUCUUCAUGCUGUUUCAAGUGGGCGGCUUCCAGACCCUCUGACUGGAAGGACUGGGACGGAAGAAGCAUUGCUGGAGUACUCCUCUGCAUCAUGCAUCACAUUUCUGGACUUAGAAAACCCGGACAGGGAACUUCUUGCAUCCAUUCAUGGAUUGAGUCCUGAACGUACAUUCUAUCCAAAGAAUUUAGAGGUCAUGCAGAGCAUCCUUUGGCAGCCUGCAGGCUUGGCAGUACCUCCUCUGAGCAUGCACAGUGCAUUCCCGCGUAUUACACACAACAUCCUGGAGUAUGCUCAAAAGAUGUCCCUCUUUCUUCCAAACAGAACAUCUGGCCAUUUCACUCUCUACUCGGAAUCCUCCCCGUUACUCUUGAGGAAAGCUGAACUGCGUGAAGCAUUAUUCCAUAACCCUGAUCUUCAAGGGAUUGGCAAUUUUGAUUGGUUUUCCCAAGAUAGCUCUCAUAUUCUCCGCUCUAUCAGACCAGCAAACCCUGUGUCGAAAACUUCACAGCAAAUCUCUCACGCAUACACAGAGGGCUUAUUUAGCACAGAGUUCCCUAACCUCUACACACUGUUCAAAGAGUGGAAUUCCAUAUCUCCGGCAUCCAAAUUAGAUAUCGACAUCUCAUACAAUGAACAUUGGUUGGCACCGUCGUUUGGCAAGACAUGGUUUUCAACUGCAAAUCUGCUGAGAAAACAGGGACCGAAUGCUCACUAUCAAGCUCUAUUCACGUUUGCCGCAAUGGCUUAUGAAAGUCCACAGAUCAACAUCCCCGUCAUUUCGACGUUUUUAGCCUUUGGCAUUGAUUCACGUUUUCGAGUUCCGCACUUUUCUCUCCCUAAAUUAUCCUCGCCAUGUACCAGCUAUAAUCUCGAGUAUGGUCUUGAGCCAACGCUUGGUUAUAUCAAAGACCUCGCAUUUAUGGCAGCACGCAGUAUGCAUUCAGCACCUUGGGAGGCCAAUGAUCUUUCCCAGCAUGAAAGCGAAAAUGAUCGGGCAUUCUUGGAUCGCAUUAACAAGGAUUAUGAGCAUCAGCGAGAUCAACUAGCCUUGGAAAUUACACGGCAUUAUUCGUCAUGUUGGCCGACAGAGAACUUGUAUCCACCUCCUGAUCCCAUUUUAGCUCGCUUGUUUGACAUGCCCAAUCUACACGAAUCUAUGACCAACAUCUUCGUAAACUGUUUUCAAAAUAUGAAACUGAGCCAAUUUCUGCAAGAGGUUCAGGUUGCACUCCAAACCAUUCCCAGCCAUACUUUCCCCUUGCUACGGACAGUCUCUCUCCCUGAAGGAGAAGCUGCACAUUCUAGUACGGCAUACCUCCAAAAAAGGAUCAUGUUGAAAGUCCUGUUGAAUCAAACAGCCCCGCCACAAAGAGAUGCAAAUGGCUUUGUCAUUCCCGAUACUCAGAAGCUGGGAAACCUUCUAAAAGAGUUUGCACAAUCGCCCAGAAUGCUUCUGCAACUUUACGGGGAGCAACUCGAUACAAGUCGCCUUGCUCUUCGCUCCAUGAGGAUAGAUGAAACCAAGCAGGACUCGCGCUACUGCCAAUCGCGUGAUGAGAUUAUAAGCUGCUUGAACCCUCGGACUGGGCCGCAGUUGCUCUUACAACAGGCAGGUCAAUGGCCGAGGUUGACAGUGAGAACGCUUCUUCGCCAGCUGUCCCUCGAGAUGAGAAAGGGAUACCCAUUACAAUGGCAGCAUGUCUUGACAUCUCUAGCAUGCGAACUUCUUCAUCUUCAACGCGCCAGGCGACUCCUUGAGUUCCAGCGAAGUCAAAGUCCACAUUACAUCCCGGAAGUUGAUGCAAUUCCAACUUCGUUUGUAGACGCUAAGAAGAACCCUGAGUGGGUCUUGAUCCAGGUGGAAAGCCAUUUCACUCUUCGUCCAUUACAGCAUACAGUCCUGCAUGAGAUGAUAUACCCCUCCUCUAGCCAGAAUACGGUAUUUCAGUUGAAUAUGGGCGAAGGGAAGUCAUCUGUUAUUGCACCUCUCGCGGUUGCAACUAUGGCAGAUCAAAGGACUCUGGUUCGACUGGUAGUGUUAAAGCCGCUUGCGCGACAGAUGUUCCAUCUCCUUGCAGCUCGUCUAACGGGUCUAUGUGGACGUCGGAUAUUUUAUCUGCCCUUUUCACGGUCAAUAGAUAUGGGACCCACGCAGAUCGAGAACGUUCGGUCUCUCUUGCAGGAGUGUGUGGAUGUAGGAGGUAUACUUAUAGGUCAACCAGAACAUAUACUCUCCUUCCGUCUCCUCACAGUUGAACGACUGAUCAAAAACGACCGCACUGGGCCGACUCUUUUAGAGCUCCAAAAAUGGCUUUCACAAUGUUCUCGAGAUAUACUUGACGAAAGCGACGAGAUUUUGCACUCAAAGUACCAGCUCAUUUACACAAUGGGAAAGCAACAACCUCUUGAAGACCAUCCCGAUCGGUGGACAACAAUCCAACAAGUGUUUUCUCUCGUAUCGCGACAUCUAAAACGGCUCAAAGACAGGUUUCCUAUGGAUGUUGAGGUUCUUGAUAAUGAGCCAGGCUCAUUCCCCUCUCUACGUCUACUGAAGCCUGCUCCAGGUGCAACUUUGGUAGAAUGGUUGACCGAUGAUAUCAUGACCGGAAGGCUGGAGAACAUACACUUCGGCUUCCUUGAAUCCAAAGAUCAGGAAGCUGUUCGGAAAUUCGUGGCUUGCUUUGAUGUCGAUAAUGAGAACGUUGCCAUCGUCAAACGUUGCUUCGAAUCUAGCGGGAAGUGGGGUUCAGUGCUCUUGCUUCGAGGUUUACUCGGUCAAGGUUUGCUUGCGUACGUUUUGAUGAAACGCAGAUGGAGAGUAGAUUAUGGACUGGAUCUCAAACGGUCGCUCCUCGCAGUUCCAUACCGAGCAAAAGAUGUCCCCUCCCUAAACGCCGAAUUUGGACAUCCCGACAUCGCGCUGCUCCUGACGUGCCUUUCGUACUACUAUCAAGGCCUGAACAAAGACCAGCUUCUCGCAGCAUUCCAACUGCUUCUGAAUUCAGAUAAUACUGCAGCGGAAUACGAGACAUGGAUUAUGGGACUAGAUCUUCCCGCUGAGCUUCGCCAGGAGACAGGUAUCAACCUCGAAGAUCCGACACAGCUAACAGAAAUUCUCUUACCUCGAUUUCACCAAGCAAAACGUGUCAUCGACUUCUAUCUCUCAGCGGUGGUGUUCCCGAAAGCUGCGAAGGAGUUCCCCACUAAGCUCUCUACGUCUGCAUGGGAUCUGGCGGAGAAGAGUGAGAAACUUAAAACAGGGUUCAGCGGCACAAAUGAUAAUCGGUACCUUCUACCAACGACAAUGCAACAGCAGGAUAUUCCCGGACAGGAAAGUACCAGCGCAAGAGUGCUUUCCUAUCUACAACAACCUGAGAAUGGGCCGUGCAUCUCCCCGGACAACCUUGCGCUCGAAUACGUGUCUCUUCAAGUCUUGCUGUCUCACGUAGCAUCACUACCUACACCUGUGCGCGUUCUAUUUGACGUCGGCGCUCAAGUUCUGGAAGUCAAUCAGGAAGUUGCCAAGAUGUGGCUGGAGAUAGACAGUCAAGCUCAAGCCGCUGUUUACUUUGACGACAAAGAUGAGGUUUCCGUGUUGACGCGCGAUGGUUCCGUUGAACCUUUUAUUUUUUCGUCCUUCCGGAACAGGCUAGGCGAGUGUGUUGUCUACCUCGAUGAUGCCCACACUCGAGGGACAGACUUGAAGUUUCCUCGUCAAGCUCGCGCUCUAGUGACUCUAGGUGAAAAGGUGACGAAGGAUAGGCUAGUGCAAGCAUGUAUGAGACUGCGCCAGCUUGGACAUGGACAAAGCGUCUUGUUCUUUGCCCCACUGGAAAUAGCCCGUACUAUUCGCGCGGAUGCCGACAAGAGUGACGGAGAUACUAUCGAAGUAAUAGAUAUCUUGCGAUGGGCGAUGUUGAGGACAUGUGAAGAUAUAGAGCAUCACAUUCCCCACUGGGUGCAGCAAGGGGUUGAUUUUCACGAACGAAACCUCGCGUGGACCGUAGCAAAGGAAUCAACGCCCGACCUCGCUGAGUUGAGCUCCGCUUGGCUACGUCCAGAAGCAAGAACAUUAGAACAGUUGUACCUUCCACACUCUGCUCAAACCGCUCAAACUUCGUCUUCUACCGUUGCAAAAGCACAUGAAAUUCCGGAAAUUCAGGCCCGACUUGACUUGCUUGGUAUCAUGAAUGUAGGGGAUGCCAGUGUGGAUGAAGAGCAGGAGCGGGAGGUUGCACAAGAAGUUGAACAAGAACGCCAACUGGAGCGCCCGCCUCCAUCCAAGGCGCUUCAUCAUAAGGUUCGGGAUGAAGUCCGUUCCCUUGUCAGGACCGGGAACUUCAACUCGAGCUCCUUUGCAUUUCUUCCUCUAUUUGAUGCGGUCCCGUUAGCGGUACGGAAGCGACUGCGUCAGGGCGUCUCACCAUGGAGUAAAGAGCUUUGGGCAACAAGAGAUUUCAAUAUCACAAUAAAAAACAACUCGUCGAAGGCCCGGGAGCACAUGCGUCCGGUGAACUGGCUUCUCUCCACCCGUCCAACACUAUCAUCUGCUAUGAAUAUUAUCAUCCUUAGUCCAUACGAGGUCCAGGUACUCCUCCCAGAAAUACGAAAGAGCACAAAUGUCAACCUUCAUAUCUAUUCUCCUCGAAUAAGGCGCGAGAUGCAAACCUUUGAAGAUCUGAAAUUUUUCUGCAUUCCAUCCCUGGAAUCUACCUGGUCUAUCCCCGACACCAUUGUUAUUUCUCAGCUGAACCUCUUCUCUGGCCAAUUGUACUUCGCCAACUACGACGUUUAUCGUAAUUUGUGUGCGUUCCUUGGUAUGGGUGUGCAUUUUGAGGGCACAGCUGGCCCGGUUAUGGAUACCGAUGGUUUUGUGCGGCCAGCAGCAAGAUCUGAUACAGAAAUCCAGACAUUUUAUACAGGCUGCCCAUUCGUAGUUAGCCCGGUGCCAUUCCUACAAGAGUUGACCGCUCUUCGGAGAAAGGGCAACAAGUUUUUCUCGACACAUAUGGGGAAGGUUGUUCAUGGUAGAUUUUUGGCAGAGCAGCACUUUGAUUGAAAUGGGUGUGUAUUUGCGCAAGAAUGAUAUGUUGAUUCGUGUGGUGACAAAACUUGACAGACGACAAUGGCGGUCUGUUUCGUAUGAAACUCAUAUGAAUAAUCUUGAAAUUUAGAAUAAAAUGGUCUUGAACAUAGUUUAUGUUGUAGUUUAGAUCGUCGUGGAAUUGAAUACAUAUAUGUACCAGGACCCAUUGUACCUGAUAUUUGCCUGGUAUGUGCAAGGACAUGUUUCGAGAAACGACUCAAAGACUA